GCUAAACCACGUGACGUGUUCGGUUGUCUUGUUGCUUCAAGUCACUUCCUGUGAGCACAGAUUCUACAUGGAAAAAUUGUGAAUUCUUCAAGUCUGAAGGCUUUUUAGACCGUGAUUUAGAUAUGGCAAGGGACUACGAUCAUCUAUUUAAGCUCCUUAUUAUCGGAGACAGUGGUGUUGGRAAAAGCAGUUUAUUGCUUAGAUUUGCAGAUAACAUGUUUUCUGGGUCUUAUAUUACGACCAUUGGUGUGGACUUUAAGAUAAGGACAAUCACUAUAGAUGGAGAAAAAGUCAAAUUACAAAUCUGGGAUACUGCAGGACAGGAACGCUUCAGGACUAUUACAUCAACAUAUUACCGCGGGACCCAUGGUGUAAUAGUCGUAUAUGAUGUUACCAGUGCUGAUACCUUUGUAAAUGUGAAGCGAUGGCUUCAUGAAAUUGAUCAGAACUGUGAUGAUGUAACUAGAAUAUUGGUUGGAAAUAAAAAUGAUUGUCCUGAAAGAAAAGUAGUAGAAACACAAGAUGCACAGAAGUUUGGGGAACAAAUGAAUAUUCAAGUGUUUGAAACAAGUGCCAAAGAAAAUAUAAAUGUUGAAGAGAUAUUUAAUGCUAUAACAAAAAUGGUCUUAAAACAGAAGAAGGAGCAACAAGCGAAACAAAGCGAUCAACCAAAAGCAAUCAAAGUCAAUGGAGGCAAAAAACGGAAAAAGUUCUGUCUUAUUUAGACUUUCGCUCGAUAGCUGAAUAGAUAGAUAACAGAAUACAAUACUCAUAUGUUCACUGAGAGGAAUACUCCCAAAAGAACAUAGUACCUUAGGACCACCAGAGUAACAUCCAGAAGUGGCUAUUAGUUUUUCAGUUCAGUGAAAAAACAUGUGUUAUAUACAAAAUAUGAAUAAUUGUUGAUUAUGUGAAUAUUAGUUUUUGAGAUUCUUACAGAUGUUCAUUACCAUGCUAGAGUUUCAAAUUAACUUUCUCUAGCUGGCAUUUAAAAACAGGCAGUAUAGACCCCUUGCAGCAUGUCGAAAUGCAGCUUCAUCUGGGGGACAAAACAAUAGGUUCCAAUUCUCAGGAGAUUGGGAUUCUUUUGUUUUGUCCCCCAGAUUGAGCUGCUUUGACGUCACAUGCAAGUGGUGUAUUGUGGAUGAAUGGUCAAGUGACUUUUUGGACCUUGUUCUCAAUAACUUGUGUUUCUUGAUUACAGACUCGUUUGUACAGGGCUAGCCUUGAGUUUGUGCAGAAUAUUCACGUGUUCCAGUCAAGGUCUGUCGAGUUUCAAAGUGUUUGUAUUGUUGGAGUUGUGCAUUCUUUACUUUACCGUUGGUAUUUGUGAAUAUUUAGACACUGAUACGUGGAUAACCCUGUAGUCUGUAAUCAAGGAACACAGCGGUAAUUUGGAAUUCAAAACUGGUUUAUUAUGUAGUAAGCUUGGGUAUGGUGAUACUUACAGCUGAGCACGAGUCAAUAUUGACUGUUGAAGUGAUCCAUUCAAACAACGUUUGAUAAGUUGA